GCCGAGCCGGCGCCGGCCGCCGCGCCGCCCGUGGAGAGCUUCCCGCUGGACUUCACGGCCGUGGAGGGCAACAUGGACAGCUUCAUGGCGCAGGUCAAGAGCCUGGCGCAGUCCCUGUACCCCUGCUCGGCGCAGCAGCUGGACGAGGCCCUGCGCCUGCACCUCCUGGCCAACGCCUCGGUGACCUGCAACGACGGCAGCCCCGCCGGCUACUACCUGAAGGAGUCCCGGGGCAGCCGGCGCUGGCUGCUCUUCCUGGAAGGCGGCUGGUACUGCUUCAGCCCGGAGAGCUGCGCCGCGCGCUUCGCCUCCGUGCCGCGCCUCAUGAGCUCCCGAGACUGGCCGCGCACCCGCACAGGCACGGGGAUCCUGUCCUCCCAGCCCGAGGAGAACCCGCACUGGUGGAACGCCAACAUGGUCUUCAUCCCCUACUGCUCCAGCGACGUCUGGAGCGGGGCGUCCCCCAAGCCUGAGAAGAACGAGUACGCCUUCAUGGGCGCCCUCAUCAUCCAGGAGGUGGUCCGGGAGCUGCUGGACAGAGGGCUGGGCGGCGCCAAGGUGCUGCUGCUGGCGGGGAGCAGCGCCGGGGGCACAGGGGUGCUGCUGAACGUGGACCGCGUGGCCGAGCAGCUGGAGGGGCUGGGCUACCCCGCCAUCCAGGUGCGGGGCCUGGCCGACUCGGGCUGGUUCCUGGACAACAAGCAGUACCGCCGCACGGACUGCGUGGACACGGUCACCUGCGCGCCCACCGAGGCCAUCCGCCGGGGCAUCAGGUACUGGAACGGGGUGGUCCCGGAGCGCUGCCGGCGCCGCUUCAAGGAGGGCGACGAGUGGAACUGCUUCUUCGGCUACAAGGUCUUCCCGACCCUGCGCUGCCCGGUGUUCGUGGUGCAGUGGCUGUUUGACGAGGCCCAGCUGACCGUGGACAACGCACACCUGGCGGGGCAGCCGGUGCAGGAGGCCCAGUGGCUGUACAUCCAGAGCCUGGGCCGCGAGCUGAGGCACACGCUCAAGGACGUGCCGGCCAGCUUCGCCCCCGCCUGCCUCUCUCACGAGAUCAUCAUCCGAAGCCACUGGACAGACGUCCAGGUGAAGGGGACCUCGCUGCCCCGGGCGCUGCACUGCUGGGACAGAAGUCUGCAUGAGGGCCACAGGGCCGGCAAGGCCCCCCUGAAGGGCUGCCCCGUGCACCUGGUGGACAGCUGCCCCUGGCCCCACUGCAACCCCUCCUGCCCCACCAUCCGCGACCAGCUCACGGGGCAGGAGAUGAACGUGGCCCAGUUCCUCAUGCACAUGGGCUUCGACGUGCAGACGGUGGCCCAGCAGCAGGGCCUGGAGCCCAGCAAGCUGCUGGGGCUGCUGAGCAGCGGGGGCUAGUCCCCCUGGCAGGGCCGUGUCUGGACGCCCGCCCGCCCGCCCACCCACGCCAGCCUCUCCUGCCCUUUUGUAUUAUUUUAUGAAGUGACUUUUUUAUUACUUUAAUUUUUUAAAUAUGAAAUAACCAAGAAAUAUAUG